AUGCAGCGCGGCGCCGAGCACGACGCCUGCGAGGUCUGGGGUCCCAGAUCGCGACCCUCGAGUGCCUCUGAGAGCGCGCUCGCCGCCGCCGCCUCCACCAGACGAGCGUCUUGUGGGCUGACCGGUGGCGCCCACAGUGCUCGCAUCGCGGCCGGCGACAGCUCGGCUGAGGCUCCCUGGCACCAGCCUGCUGCGGCUGCCGCCGUCGUGAAGAUGAGAGGGCUGGCGUAUCGCAGUCCGGAGUGUCAGCUUGGCGGCUCCGGCAUCGAAUCUGAGAUCAAGGCACGUCGUCGACCACAGGGCCAAGGGCCCUCCACGGCUGCAGCCGCCACGGAGCGCGGCCACCACAGUCCGCCCACAGACGCACCACCAGCCAGCGCGUCGCUGCCUCAGUCCUGCGGCUGCUUGUCAAUGCGGAAAACCCAUCCGUGGCGUGAUGGGACAGCGACGCACGAGGUACCUGGCAAGCGCCCCAUCAUGGCUCGAUUGAUGCAGUCGCCGUGCUGUGCCUCGCCGUCCCCGUCGUGCUCGACGCGCCGGGGCCGUAACGAGCUGCCUGCCCAGGGGCUGCGUGGUGGGCCUGAGAAUCCACACGGCCAACUGCAGCCCCCAGGCAAGGCGAUCGGCGCGCUGGCCUGGGGCUGCAUUUCCCAAAGCCGGGGGUGGGCGCCGCCUCACCAGCAGCGGCCGGCUGCUUGUAGAUGGCCUGCAGCACGAAGAUCCGGCGAAAAACCGCACCGUGGGCGAGCCGCCAGCGCGCUCUCCGCCACGAGCGCCAGCAUGCCGUUCUAG